UGGGCAUUCACACACCACACCCACUGUUUCCCCCUUUGUUUAAGCUAUUUAAGCAACAGUAAUGGCGUCAAUGGCGUAAUCAUCCAAAACUGUACAACAUACACUUGAGUGUGACUGUGGGACCUGGAGAACAAUUUUCCAACUCGAUUAACACAACGCACAUGGCGACCACCAAAGAUCAAAUCCAAAUCGGCGGAAACAUCUUCGAGCAGAGGCAUGGAAAGGAGCGUGUUAGAGUCGGUAGGGUUUGGAGAUCCGGUGAUAACCGCCAUAACUUCGUUGAAUGGAACGUUAGUAUCAGUUUACUUUCUGAUUGUGUUAAUGCGUAUGUGAGUGCUGAUAAUUCCGAUAUCGUCGCAACGGAUACGAUGAAAAACACUGUAUAUGUGAAGGCAAAGGAGUGUAAAGAACAAGUUUCUGUCGAGGAAUUUGCAAUUAUACUUGCUAAGCAUUUUACUUCAUUCUAUCCACAGGUUACCACCGCAAUAGUCAAGAUUGUUGAAAAGCCUUGGGAGCGUAUCAGCAUGAACGGUCAACCUCACGAUCAUGGCUUUAAACUUGGAUCUGAGAAACAUACAACCGAAGUUAUCGUACAGAAGAAUGGUUCUUUGGGGGUGACUUCUGGUGUUGUUGGUUUAUCAUUGCUGAAGACAACACAAUCGGGUUUCGAGGGCUUCAUACGUGACCAAAACACAAUACUGCCUGAAACACGAGAGAGGAUGCUUGCAACAGAGGUCUCUGCAUCAUGGAGAUACCAAUUUAAAUCAUUGUCAAGUAUUAGCAAUAAGCCACUUCAAUUCACUGAAAAAUACCUCCGUGUGAAGAAGGUUUUAAUGGACACUUUCUUCGGUCCUCCUAAAGAGGGCGUGUACAGCCCCUCUGUUCAGGCUACUCUUUAUGAUAUGGCAAAAGCUGUUCUUGGCAGGUUUCCGGAUAUAUCAUCAGUCCAUUUGAAAAUGCCCAACAUCCAUUUUCUGCCGGUAAAUUUAUCAAGUAAAGUCAAUCCAGUCAUUGUGAAGUUUGAAGACGAUGUGUACCUGCCAACAGAUGAACCACAUGGAUCAAUCGAAGCUAGCUUGAGUCGCCCCUUGUCUAAAAUGUGAAAGGUUGACUUGACUGUUCAUGUUUUAUUCUCAAAUCUCAUAUCUCGAGUCUUGAGACUGGACGUUGUUUAAAAACAUGAUGUGUAAAUUAUAUAACCCUUUAAACUGUGAAUUAUCAAUAAAUUUCUGGUUUGCUAAAAAUGGUUUGGCGAAAAAGGAAAUAAA